UGGAGCAAGUGUUAAGCAUGAUUAGCGUUGACACUGACAACAGGUUUACUUCGAAGCAAAACCCAAACACCAAAGCAGAGAAACAGAACCUAGGAAGAAGAAAAUAGAGAAAAACAAAUACCUAUAAAUCAAAAUUCUCUCUCAAAUAGAAAAAAAAUAUGGAUAAUAAAACUGAACCUAAAAUAACUGCAAAACCGGCUUCUCUAAGAUGGGGAAUCCUUCGUCAAGCUCUCCUUCGUCGCUCUUCUACCCAAAAUUCAGAUGGACAAUCCUUAAGUCCCAUCAAGCUUAUUUCGAGGAAGACAAUUCAUGGAUUUAACUUGAUUCCUAGCCAACUAAUCGAUAAAGAUCCAAAUUCUAGAGAUGCCUGCAUUUGCUACACGUUACCCAUUAAUGGGUCACCUAAGCUUUUCCUCACCCAAAGGAUGAAAGUUGGUACUGAUCUCAGUGAUUUUGAAAUGUCUAAUAGAUACAAUAUUGACAACACUGGGCUUGUCUGUCACUGGCCUUCAGAAGAUGUCCUUUCUUAUUUUUGCUUGUCGCAUGCAGAUAUGUUCAGAUCUAAAAGAGUUAUUGAGCUUGGCUCAGGCUUUGGCUUAGCUGGAUUAGUUAUUGCUGCCACUACUGAGGCAUUAGAAGUUGUAAUCUCUGAUGGAAAUCCUCAAGUGGUUGAUUAUAUUCAGCGUAACAUUGACGCUAACUCUGGAGCCUUUGGUACAACAGAAGUGAAGAGUAUGACGUUGCACUGGGAUCAGAAAGAAACUGCAAAUAUCUCUAACACCUUUGAUAUUAUUGUUGCCAGUGAUUGCACCUUUUUUAAGGAGUUCCACGAGGGCCUUGCUUGUACUGUCAAACUCUUGCUGAGAAUUGCUGGGACCUCAGAAGCAAUAUUCUUCAGUCCUAAAAGAGGAGACUCAUUGGAUAAGUUUCUAGAGAAAAUUGAAGAAAAAGGUCUGCGUUUUUGCAUAACAGAAAAUUAUGAUACAGAAGUUUGGAUGCGCCAUCAAGGAUUCAUGAAUGGUAAUAACUCAUGGCCGAGCUAUGAAAAAGAUCACUGCUACCCAUUAUUGAUCAGAGUUACAUUAUAAACUUUCCCACAUUCCAUUCACAAUUAAUACAUAUUUUAUUCAUGGAAUUCAUUUCCCACGAGAAACUUUCCAUUGGUUGACAAAAAAUUGUAGGCUUGAGGUGGUGAACCAGUUAUUGAUGGUAGGCAACAAUUUACUUGCCUGCUGCAAGAUUCUUAGUGUAGUCUAAUCUCUUGGUGGGUCCCGUGAUCACCAGAAUUUCAUUCCUCACCACAACAUUGUGUAGGUCCCUUGCUGGUUUAUGAUUUAGCAAAUGAAAAGGAAAGCUUGCUGAUGCUUUCUUCUAUUAUUUUAAUUUAAUACGUAUGAUUUCUUUUUGAACUUAUUAGCAUAAUAGGUCCAAGAAGCUUUUGAAAGGAGAUUCCUUAUCUUCAUUUAGCAUCUAAGUUACUUAAAGCAUUUUAUAUGGCGGUCCACAAGUAAACAACGACCCUCCACCUAAAGGAUGAUUGAGAACAUUGUCAAAAAGCUAUCUGAUGCUCUGUGGAUCAAAUAAACUAGCUUUUAUUGGAGAGGAGAUUUUUCUAUUUGUGUUUCUAAUGUAGCAAAACCGAACAUGCCGUGUCCGCAGAAAAGAAAAACAAACAUGACCUGGCUUGAAUUAUAUUCUAUUCUGGAAGUGAAACUUGUUUUGCAGGUAAUACUCUGGUCUUUGUAAUAUACAUCUGAUGGAAAGGAGAUAAGCUGAAAAUGAAAAUGAUUUUUCCAGUAUUAUCUUUCUACACUGGAAUCUCCAUGGAUGAUGAUUCUUAGACCUCUUCAACAUAUUUUAAUUUCAUGAACCGAAGAAUUAUGACCUCAUAUUUCUUUUUUUGACUGCUUUUUACAAUUAUUAGUACUUUAAAGCCAUGAUAAAUGGUUGUAGUCUAUGGAAUAUGCAUUUUUCUCUUCAGGUUGGAUGUAAAUGAAACUUGCUUUACAUUACCCUUAAUUAUCAUGUAAACUUGCAGAAAUAGGAGGUCCAUUCCUAUGCUUUUCUCUGUCAA